CCGUCCGACAGAUCGACCGAUGGGGAAGGAGCAGGAGCUGCUGGAGGCGGCCCGCACCGGCCAGCUCCCGGCCGUGGAGAAGCUGCUGUCGGGGAAGCGGCUGUCCUCCGCCUUCUCCGCAUCCUCCUCCUCCUCUUCCUCUUCCUCCUCCUCCUCCUCCGGCGGCGGCCCCGGCGGGUCCCUCGGCUCCUCCGGACACCCGCUGUCCAGCCUGCUCAGCAUCUGGAGAGGGCCCAGCGUGAACUGUGUGGACAGCACUGGGUAUACACCCCUGCACCAUGCUGCUCUGAAUGGCCACAGGGACGUGGUGGAGGUGCUCCUGCGGAACGACGCCCAGACCAACGUAGCGGACUGUAAAGGCUGCUACCCGCUCCACCUGGCCGCCUGGAAAGGAGACGCCCAGAUAGUGAGGUUGCUCAUCCACCAGGGCCCCUCCCACACCAAAGUGAACGAACAGAAUGCUCUUGAGAUCAAAGAACUCAAAAAGUACGGCCCCUUUGACCCUUAUAUCAAUGCCAAGAACAACGACAACGAGACGGCCCUGCACUGCGCGGCUCAGUAUGGCCACACCGAGGUGGUCAGGGUCCUCCUGGAGGAGCUGACGGACCCCACCAUGCGCAACAACAAGCUGGAGACGCCGCUGGACCUGGCGGCCCUGUACGGGAGGCUGGACGUGGUGAAGCUGCUGCUCAACGCCCACCCCAACCUCCUAAGCUGCAACACUAAGAAACACACCCCCUUGCACCUGGCCGCCCGCAACGGCCACAAGGCCGUGGUCCGAGUCCUUCUGGACGCCGGGAUGGACAGCAACUACCAGACGGAGAAGGGCAGUGCUUUGCAUGAGGCUGCUUUGUUUGGCAAGACUGAUGUGGUGCAAAUCCUGCUGGCCGCAGGGAUUGACGUGACCAUCAAGGACAAUCGGGGGCUGACGGCGCUGGACACCGUGCGGGAGCUGCCCUCCCAGAAAAGCCAGCAGAUCGCAGCGCUCAUCGAAGGGCACACGAUGGGGAAGAACGCUAAGGAAGCUGAAAGGACCGCUCCCACCCAGCCCCUGCUCAUCCCCGUCGUGGAUCUGGCCGUCCGAAAGCCCCAAGCCCCCGCAGGGGACGUGGAGAGGGCGGUGACGGAGCUCAUCAUCGACUUCGACGUCGGGGCCGAGGACGAGUGUCCCUACGAGGCCCUGUACAACGCCGUCUCCUGCCACUCCCUGGACAGCACGGCCAGCGGCAGGUCUUCCGACCGAGAUUCCGGGAAUAAGGAAGCCGAGUUGGCCGGCGGGAAAGCAGCCGGAGCGACGCCAAGAGAACGGCCACCUCCUCCCGCAAAGCCGCCCCCAGACGAAGAGGAGGAGCCUCAUCCGGACAAGAAGCUCGGCCUCAGUUGGUCCUCGGAGGUGUCAGCUCUGAGGACUAAGAGCCAGGGGAACGCAGCUGAGGAACGAGAGGAGCACCCUUACGAGCUGUUGCUCACCGCGGAAACUAAGAAGCUAGCAUCCUUUGAGGGAAAAAUGCAAGAAGACCGCGGGAGGAGCGGCGGCGGCCGGAGCCAGGACUCCGCGGACGGGCAGGUCCCCGAACAGUUCUCCGGGCUUCUCCACGGCUCUUCCCCAGGGUGCGAGGUCAGCGAGGAUCCCUUCCGGCUCCUCUCUCCCGUGGCCCAAGGCGGGGCGGCCGAGCCGCGCGGUGCCGUCAUGCAGGCCCAGGACUCCGGCUUCCCCGCCCCCGGAGCCGUCCGGCCCGGCCCCGCCGACCAAAACGGGAAAGCGGGCGAUGCCGACGGCCCGCCCCCGAGCGCCGUCUCGCCGGACCCCGGAACCACGACGCGGUGGGCUGCCCGGCCCCCGGGACGGGCCGAGGAAGAGGGAGACCGGAGCGGGCCCGGGAGCCAGGCCUCUCUCAACGGCAAGCUCAGAGCGGAGCUCAAACUGAGCCGGAGCUUAUCCAAGUCGGACUCCGACCUCCUGACCUGCUCGCCCACGGAAGAGGAUACCAUGGGGAGCCGGAGUGAGUCCCUGUCGAACUGCAGCGUCGGGAAGAAGAGGCUGGAGAAGUCUCCAUCCUUCGCCUCCGAGUGGGAUGAGAUUGAGAAGAUAAUGAGCUCCAUCGGAGAAGGCAUCGACUUUUCUCAGGAACAGCAGAAGAUCUCAGGUUCGCGGAUGUUGGAGCAGAGCGUGGGAGAGUGGCUGGGCUCCGUCGGGCUGCAGCAGUACGAGAGCAAGCUGCUCCUCAAUGGCUUCGACGACGUCCGCUUCCUGGGCAGUAACGUGAUGGAGGAGCAGGACCUGCGGGAGAUUGGCAUCAGUGACCCCCAACACCGUCGGAAGCUGCUCCAGGCGGCGCGGUCUCUGCCCAAGGUGAAGCCACUGGGCUGCGACGACGGGACCAGCCAGCCGUCCGUCCCCUCCUGGCUCCACUCCCUGGGCCUGCAGGAUUACGUUCAGUCCUUCCUGUCCAGCGGCUACAGCUCCAUCGACACCGUGAAGAACCUCUGGGAGCUGGAGCUCGUCAAUGUCCUGAAGGUCCACCUGCUCGGCCACCGCAAACGGCUCAUCGCCUCGCUCGCCGACAGGCCCUACGAGGAGCCGCCGCAGAAGCCCCCGCGUUUCUCCCAGCUGAGGUGCCAAGACCCGCCGUCGCAGACGUCCUCCCCCCUGAGCCAGAACGACUCCUACACGGGCCGCUCCGCGGACCUGCUGCUGCCCCUCGGGGACUCGGGCAAGCGGCGCCACGACAGCGGCCAGGACGGGGGUGCUCACUCCAGAGCCGACCGCCACAGAGCUCAGGAGGAGCCCCGAGAGGCCAAGCUGACCCUGCGGCCGCCCAGCCUAGCCGCCCCGUACGCCCCGGUGCAGAGUUGGCAGCACCAACCCGAGAAGCUCAUCUUCGAGUCCUGUGGCUACGAGGCCAACUAUCUGGGCUCCAUGCUCAUCAAGGACCUGCGCGGGACCGAGUCGACCCAGGACGCCUGUGCCAAGAUGCGGAAAUCCACGGAGCAGAUGAAGAAGAUCCCCACCAUCAUCCUGUCCAUCACGUACAAAGGGGUGAAGUUCAUCGACGCCUCCAACAAGAACAUCAUUGCGGAGCACGAGAUCCGGAACAUCUCGUGCGCGGCCCAGGACCCGGAGGACCUCUGCACUUUCGCUUACAUCACCAAGGACCUGCAGACCAGCCACCACUACUGCCACGUCUUCAGCACGGUGGACGUGAAUCUGACCUACGAGAUCAUCUUGACGCUGGGACAGGCAUUCGAGGUGGCCUAUCAGCUGGCCCUCCAAGCCCAGAAGUCCAAAUCCACAGGCGUCCCGGCGGCGGAGACGAUCGAAACCAAAUCUUCCAAACCGGUGCCUAAGCCUCGUGUCGGCGCGAGGAAAUCCGCAGCGCCGCCGCCGCCACCCGACAGUCACCGCUGUUACUGUCCCCCCUGCUCUAGCCAUCGUCCUUCUUACCUACCGCUGUCAUCGGGUAGUCCUGGAGCCAAGCUGGAGCCCUCCGAAAUGGACCAAGACCCCCAAGUCCACGCUAGCGUCUCCUGGGUGGUGGAGCCCAAACCGGAUUCCAAGCGGAGCCUCAGCACUAACUGAGCCACCGAGAGCCAUAUUUUGCCGCAGAAAAAUAGCGCGGGGCCCAGCUCGCCUCCACCGCCGCCACCUCGACUGCCUCUCCGAGACCCGGGCCCGGCCUCCACCUGCGGGAUUUCCUCCACGCCGCCGUCCGGGGCCCAUCCCCCGUCCUGGUCGGGCCUCCCGAGACCGUGCCAUCCGCCGGAGAGCCGCCGCCGCUCAGGGUCUCUACCGGGGGCGGCCGGGACUCCGAGGGCCAAGAAGCAAUUCCCACUUUUCUAGCUUGUCAAGACAAACUUUUUUUUUAAGAAAGAAAAAAAAAAAAUGAAUGGAAAAAAAACCAAAAACCUUCUUCCCUUAGCCAGAGUCCUUGGGGCUGGCUCCAGGGCGGGGUCGCAGGCAGGGGCUGUCCGCAAGUUAGUCCAAGACGGUCUGGCCACCGCUUUCCGCGGGCCGGGAACGUGGGCCUGGGACUCGGUGAGGGAGGUGUGGCAGCCGUCCCAAGCUGAGGGCUCGUGGGAGACGGGGAACAGCCGCGAGGCAUUUGGGUUUGGAUCGUGUUUUGAAACCCAGCCGGCUGCAUGUUGUAGUUCCCUCUCGGCACCAUCUGUCCCAGAUGAAAUGAGGGGAAGAUAUUGGAAGAAAACCAGCUUCUUUAACGAAACCCUAACUCUUGGGGUUGCCGGGAGGCGGGGGGCAGAAGCGACAGCUCCGGGCCCAUUUCUGCUGGGAUUUUUGAGCCAUUUUGCUGGCCGGAUGAGAGUGCCCACAGGUGGAAAGGGGCUCCUGGCCGUUUACAGUCGGAUCGCCGCCCCGGUCUCUCACUUUAUUUCCCCCGUCUUCCCCAGCUAGCUCCCGGGAGCCCAGAACGAAAAGGAAAGGCUUUGGCCAUGAAGCGACGAUGACAUCGAGUUGCCACUUGACCCUAAUCUCGUUCGUACUGCCUUGACGGGGCUGUGCAAUCAGUGUCCGUUUUCACUAAACCGAGUAUUGCCCUGCGGGGUCAGCGAGACGACUGUUAGGCCCUGGGCCAGGAUCCCAGUGCCCCACUCGGUGUACGGAGGUCCCGUCGCCCAGCGAGGGCUGCCCUGGCCGGAGCCCCCGUGCUUCUUAGAGCUGCCCGUUUGGUUUCUGUUUCUCCUUUUGAUUCCAGCUGCUGGAAUCUCAGAGACGUUUAUCCCGGUGGGGCCGAUAGGAACGAGCCCCAGUCCCGCGCUCUCGGCCCGCUCCCUUCUGGGAGCGGAAAGGAGCGUUGCCGGAGCCGUCCGGACCGGUUUCCGUGUAAAUGCCCCCGGCUGCGGCCGCGCCUCUGUCCCUAGUCAGACGUGUAAAUUGAAACUCCGUGUCUGGGGGGGAAGAAGAGUUCUCCAUGGAAGGCCCCAGCCUCGCAGCGGGUUGGGGAUCUGUGGGUCGGGUCUUCACGCCUUUGGCUUUGAGCGCUGGGUUUUGUCUCAGCGUCGUGGCAGUUCCCCGGCCCUCUGAGUGGGUCGGCUGAGGGACACCAGUGGUCCUAGACCCUGGUAGGAGGAGGUCAGCCGUAGCUUCUUGGUACUAGGGAAGGAGCCCGGGGUCCUGCUCAGCGGGACUCCCACCCUGUUUCUGCCGGCCCUCCUUUCCUCCAAAAUUGUACAAAAAGAGAGCAGUUCCGGUCCUUGAUUUAAGGAGGCACGGUGCAGUGAGACUGUGGAAUUGGACCACUUCUGCUUUAAAGUUGACCCCCUUCCCCUCCCUGCCAAGAGCCUGGUUGCUUCAUUUUUCAGGAUUCCUCCUCCCCGAGAAUCUGCUGGUAGGUAGUAGAUCUAGAAGGAAAAUCUCUAGGUAGACACUAAGAUGAAUUCCUCAUUUUUUUUUUUUAAAUAUUCACUUUUAGUGUUUUUCUUAAAGCUAGCUAUUUAUCCUCUAUUUAUUCAGCGCGUAUUCAAUUUGCGAAGCCUUAGCCGAGCAGCUCUGGCUUUGAUUUCCUCUUGGGGAUUGCUCUCCCGGGGCAAAUCCAAGAAAGAAAAACUGGAUUUUUUUUAUUAUUAUUUUUUUUUUCAGUCAGGUACGCUCCCUUCGGCUUCAGGUGGGAAAACCGCCCCCUCUUGCGCUGCCCUCGGUGCUGGCAGGGAGAAUUCAGCUGCGUGCGAUCGGAACUGUGAACGAGCCCAUUUGGGCAGCUCUCUUGAAACGGGUUCAGUCAGGAUGAUGCGAUAAUCUGCCACCUUCCCCAGGAUGUCUGCUCCGGGUGUCAGUCAGUCGGCGGUAUUUAUUGGGCGCUUGCUGCGUGCAGAGCACUGUACUGAGCGCUGGGAGAGGACAACGCAGUCGAGUCGGUGGACAGGGCACUAGGAUUUUACGGCCUCGGAGGGGAGCUUUCUGCUUGCAGCUGGUCCAUGCAAUAAGGAUUUUCCUCCCUACCAGGCUGGGCAUUUCCAAUUUCCCCAAACCCUCCCUAGGCCCUGCAGGCUACAGAGAUUGCGAACGGUCCUUGAGACGACUGGGGUGAAAAGGGACGAGCGGCCCAGUCACCUGCGAAACGGCAAAAAGCCGCUCUGAGCGCGGCCCGUCCCUAAGGCCCGGCUCGGGCCUGCCCAGGCAGGCAGUUUAACUGUCAGUUUCAGUUCUCAGCGAGGUUGUAUUGGCUACUUGUGGUGUACGGCAGUUGGACUGAUUUGUAAUAAAAAAUGUUAUUUAAUCUUUGUCCCUGUAUUUUGAUACUUGAAUGAUUUUUUUCCUUUUUAUUUUCCUGUACAUAGAAUCGUUAACCUGUUCAAAUACGUCUGAAGUCUAAACAUCUUGUGGUACCAAACGUAACCGAUAGACUGACCUCACUACACAGAGAUUGUAAAUACUCCUGGGCUUCCAGCAUUGGUUUUGUUAUUUUCAUAACUGUGCGACUUAGACCGAAUGAUUAAAUGAGAGAUGACAGAU